AUGAGUAGUUUUGCACUCAAGUCGAAAGAAAACAGAAUACAGAGACCUCGGCCUCCACCGGUAACCGCCGUGGCCUCUAAUACGGCUUCGUCCGCUCCCCGUCGCACCGUGGGUUUCGGUACGACCACGAACACCGUCACGGUUGCAAAACCGAAUGGUGCGCAAUACCGUCGAUCCGUGUCCACGGCUAUUAGCAAGACACCGGACCUACUACACCCUCCCAAGUUUGGUGGCCAACAGCUCUCCAACCGCAGUUGCAAGCCGGACAUCACUAAAAAUCUGCCCUCCAAAACUGUUCAGAAACCUGCACCGUCACAGCCGUGUGAACCAUUGGCCCAGUCAAGGGAACCCCCCAAAGAAAUAUUUAAAAUUCCAACUGUUGCUAAUAUACCAAAAAAAGCUACCCAAGUGGCCAAACCACCUACAACAGUCAAUCAACUCCAGAACAAUUUGAAGGCAGCCACCCUUGAAGAAAAACCUUCUACUGAUCAACAAAACAAUAAAAACAUGGGACUAACAGAUAAAAAAAAUGAAAUGAAAUGGACAUUGGAAAAUUUUGAUAUUGGUAAAGCAUUGGGAAAAGGAAAAUUUGGAAACGUGUAUCUUGCCAGAGAAAAGAGUUCAGGAUUUAUUGUUGCUCUCAAAGUGUUAUUUAAAACGCAGAUUUUAAAAGCAAAUGUUGAGCACCAGCUCAAAAGAGAAAUUGAAAUUCAAACACAUCUAAGGCAUCCUAAUAUUGUGCGUAUGUUUGGAUAUUUCCAUGAUGAUGCUAGAGUAUAUAUGAUCCUAGAAUAUGCACCCAAACAGCUGUACAAAGAAUUGCAAGCUCAAGAAAAUCAACGUUUCUCUGAAGAUAGGGCAGCAUUUUAUAUUAAGCAAUUAACAGAAGCGCUGAUUUAUUGCCAUGAUAAGAAUAUUAUACAUCGUGAUAUAAAACCAGAGAAUCUUUUACUUACCAAAGGAGGUGACUUGAAAAUUGCUGAUUUUGGGUGGUCCGUACAUACACGGGAUUCAAAGCGUAUGACAUUAUGUGGAACCUUGGACUAUUUGCCACCAGAAAUGGUGAGUGGAAACUCUCAUGACAAAUCAGUUGACGUUUGGAGCAUAGGUGUAUUAUUAUAUGAGAUUUUAGUUGGCAAACCACCUUUUGAAGCUUCGACAUAUGAAGAAACGUAUAGAAGGAUAUUAAAUGCUCAAUAUAUUUUCCCACCACAUGUUGCUCCACUGGCUCGAGAUCUCAUAUCACGUUUAUUAAGAGUGAAACCAGAGACUCGUUUACCUCUCAAAGAUCUGUUACUACAUGACUGGAUAAAAAUACACACAAACCUCUAA